AUGACAACGAUCAGCAGCACCCAGUCCACAAAGGACCUUGAGGCGGCCCAGAAGGAGAAGACCGCGCCUUUGAUUACUAAAGAGGAUGAACAGGAAGGAAAUGAGUCUUUUUCUACAGAUGUGAGUUAUGACCAUGAUGUUAGUUUACUCCCGAUGGUGUACCUCUGAGUGGUUAAUAUGUUGUUAAACUGAUCUUAUGGUAUAUGAGCACCACUGUUGCCUAUUGAUGCUGAGAGACAUGAUAUCGACCAGAUUUAUUUAGGCUUUAUGUUUUGUGUGUACAGUGUCUCUAUGGCCAUAUUUAGCCCUAUUGUUGGAAAAUAUCUGUACACUCUAGGGAGAAGAAAUAUGUGUAAAUGGGGGAUGAUCAUUGUUGCAGCUCCUUUCUUAGGCUUCUUCCUCAGUACUUAUUUAACUAAUUCUGUACUCUAUAUUGCCGUUUUUAUGACAAUGAGGGUGAUUCAGGGAUUUGGAACAAGUAUGGUCCAAACGUCAUCAUACUCCAUUCUGACACUUACUUACCCUACUAAAAUUAACUUUGUCAUAGCCUGUAUUGAAACUUCCGCAGGACUUGGGUUGAGCUUAGGCCCAGUGAUAGGAACGAUUCUUUAUGAACUAGGAGGAAGCGCACUCCCGUUUCUGACUUUCUUUGUUAUCUCUAUUACCAUUGGGUUGGUUAUAAAGAGGCUAAUACCUUGCUUUGUUGAUGAUAUCCAGAGUAAUUCUGUUCAAACUGAUGAAGAGAAGCCAAAAUAUUCAGAGCUUUUGACUACAAAGAGAGUGGUGUUUGCUUGUUUGUGAGUAUUCAUUGCUGUAUUUCAGUUUGCAUUCAUUGAUCCAAUCCUUGCUGAAUACAUGAAGGAGACAUUUAAUAUUCAACCACAAACAUCCGGAUAUUUCUUCCUAGCUCUUGGACUUGGAUAUAUGAUCAGCUGAAUUGUGAGUCCAUUUUACCUCCGUUAUUUUUCAAAUAUGAGAGUGUCUAUGAUAUCUUGAUUUAUACUUGGAAUCAUUACAAUAUUCUACAGCUCCUCUUACAUUCUAUGGUUCUUGACACCAAACAUGGUGGUAUUGACAGUAGCUCUACUGCUUGCAGGGAUAGCUAACUCCCAUUUGAUGAUAACUCCGAUGGAAGAGAUGAUAGAAGCUGCAAAAGGAAGAACUGAUUCUGCAAGCGAGGUUCUGAAUGACAUGUGCUCAGGCUUGUUCAACAUGUUCUUUGCACUAGGCGAGAUUUUUGGACCGAUGAUAGGGAAUUUGGUGUUUAGUUUGUGGAGUUUUGCAGGGAUGUGUGAUGUGUUGGGGGUGGGUUGAGUGAUAUUUGCAGUGGUCUACUUCCUCUCUUGCGACCUAUCCCUCCACAAAGCCCCGUCCUACCACCACCUCUCCCUCACGCUCAACCCCAAAACCGCUCCUAUUCCCCAAAGCGUCCAAUCCACCUACUAA